GAUAAAAUUUUACAUUUUGAAAAUACUUGCCCAACUAAAGUACAUAGGUACUUCAAAAGUGAAAUUCUAUCUUUCGUUUCAAAACAUAAAUUAAAAAAAUAUCUCCACUCAGUAUCCAACCACAAGCCUCUAAUUAGUCUACAAGAGGUUUGUUAUGUACGAGUGCAUUGCAUAAAGAGGGGCAAUCAGUGAGAGAGUGGAAUAUGGCCAAUUAAUGAAGAGUUAAAUUGGGCGGAUUGUAGUUUACCUCGUACCGCUAAAUGUAUAAAGAGACACACUAGCAUUUACCAAAUCCCAAAAAAGAUGCAACACAUAAUUAUGUUUAAAUUGCGUGAACUCAAGGCAUGAUAAGGAUUUUAGAAGCAGAAGCAGAUGAAAAUAAAAUAUAAAAUCAAGUAAAACAAAGAACCGCCACUGAGAUAGACAAUUAUCAAAGGCCCAACCUAAUGACAAUCCGGAACUCAGUAUCAAUUAUCAACAAACUAGGUGCCAUGGGUCAUGUACAAGCCCACUUUUGAAUGUUAUUUAAAAGCCUGCAAAAAUCAAUGAUCAGACCCAGUCCAACUAGAAUUAGUCCUAAACGCACCAUUAAUACAUAAACACAAAUUAAGGAGACCUCUCCAUCCGAUUCGAUUGAAAUUCUGUCUUCUUCAUCUUCUUCCUCAAUCCUCUGGGCGAGACGAACACAACAUAUCAGGAAACCUUAAUUUCAUCGAGAGAUAGAAGUUAUUUUGCCAAUGAUAAUAACGCUAAGACAAGAUGACAAAGCACUAGCGACAUGAACCCUAGGGUUAGCAAACCUCUUUCAAGGGUUCUUUUGCAAAUGAAAAGUUUGAUGAACACAAUAAUAGACAUGGUCGCCGUAAUCGUGUUAGAAAGAGAUAGGUGAGUAAAUUCCUCUUGAAAAUAAAAUGGCGAGGAACAAAACGCCGAUUUGUGGAUACAAGGAUUUGGGGUUCAAAACGAUGAUUAUGUGAGGAUUUCAUAUUGGAUGGGGAUCUUCUCUUCGAAUGUGGAUACAUAGAUUUGGGGUAUGAAACAUGAUGAUGUUGGGGAUUUGAGAUUGGAUAGGGAGCUAAAUCGAAUGUGGAUCAAAUAAUAAAAGGAUUUGGGUUUCGAAACGAUGAUUUUGUUGGAGAUUUCAGAUUUGAUAGGCAGCUUAUGAUCGAACUUCGAACUAAGAGGGGACCCUCCAAGACGAAUGAGGGAUCGUAGAAGGGAGACUGGAAAUUGGUUAGGGCGGCGGGUCGUAUCCAUAGGGUUUAACCUCUUAAUCGAUAUAAUUAAACUGGGUACAGUUAGGUUGAAGUCCAAUGAAAAAAGCUUUAACGCUUCGAGAUGCUUUUGGUAAUUUUCCUUGCCCCCGGUCUUUCGUACCCCGAAUUUGAAUUUUGCUUGGGCACCCUAGAAACUGCCCAUAUAUAUAUAUACAUACAUAUAUGGUUCAGGCUAGCAUACACCCGGUGUACGCUAUACACCUGUGUUCACACAUAUUAAUUAUUUACUAAUUUUAAUUAAUUAAUUAAUUUUAAUAAAAUUACAAUACACCCCCCAAAAUCAAAUAACAUAUUCAUUUUCACCUAAUUUUUAACUUAUAGGUUAUAACAUCCUAUUUCACUUAUCUCAUUUGCAGGGAGUGCUUUGAUCGUAAUCAGGGAGAAGGAUGUCGACCAAUAUGAGUUUGUGUGAAACGGACUGAGAAUUUGGUAGAUCAAAAUUAAAAGACGUAAUUGGAUGAAGAUUCAAAUCCUGAAAAGUCAUCAACAACAUCACCGAAUGUGCUGCGCCUCCAUCCACUACGGGUCCCCUGCGGUACGAGCCACAGCUUCGGAGCAGUGGAAUAUUCAGUUCUCGCCGUUGGGUGGUGAUAACGAAGCUGGUAGCUUUGAAGAACGCAAGAGCACCUUUGGGCAUGGACGGUCGCUGAUGCCGGAAUCGGAUAUCAAAUCUGAAUUUAGUCUAGAAUCCUGGAAAUUUUAGGACAUUUGGGAAUAACUUACUCCCGGUAGUGAUUACAAAUAGGAAUGCAUAGAGGGGUUUCUAGGUCAAACAUAUAUUCGCCAUCGCCGGUACUGACUCACAUCCCGGCUUCUGCAAAGACAGACUUUUUCCUUCGUUGUUCCCUGCUCCCAUCAAAGGCCAAUUUGAAUAAGGGCGAAGCUUUCAAUGAAUAGAUGAUUGGAUUUGGAUGCAACUGUCAUGGUUAUUUGAAUUUUGAUUAAGCUUGUGCAGGUGGUCUCACUGCCAUCAUUGGCAAAAUGUUUAGAUUUCUAUCUUAUAAAAGAACAUUGAUUUAUAAAUCAAUACAUACUAGGUCAGUGAAGGUGGCUUAAUACUGCAUAUAACAUAGCUCUGUAAUCCCGGAACGCACCAGAGUGAGCAUGGAGGCUUUCAUCGUUCAUAUACCCGAGCAAUAAUAAAUCAUGUUAGAGAUAUAAUCAUCUUACCGUUGAUGUUUAUCACUUUAUCACUUUAUCAUUCUUAAUGGGACAGGAUUUUCAGACUAUGAUUUGGAAUUUGGAGAAAGUAAGUUCUAUAAUUUAAAUUGAGGUGUGCUAUUUGGAGAAAGGCAGUACUAUAAUUAUAGAAUGAUCGACCAACACUUAAAUGAUUGAUUUAAUGUUUCAAAGGAAUGAUUGAUUCAAUAAUAACGAAGGAUAAAAAUUGUUGGGGGCUACAUUGUAUAGAAAAAUAAAUUAACGAGUGCGGUUGUAAUUAUAGAUUUUAUUCAUAUUUUAUUUAAUUAUAAAACUUGAUUUACAAUUAAUAAUUAAUUAAUAAGUGUGAACAUAAGCGUAUGGUGUACAUCAGGUGUACGCUAUCCUUUGCCAUAUAUAUAUAUAUGGGGAGUUCUACGGUACCCAGUGUGAAAUCCCGGGUAACGCAUACCUUGAGUAAGAAAACGCUAUCCAGGACUUGAAUUGACUGAUCUUUCGGACAUGAUACUAUACUCUAACCCUUAAAGAUCAAAAUCUAGGUCUUAAUUCUCUAAAUCUUAUCCCCCAAGAUCAAUUUAAUUAGAAACAAUAAUCGACGGUUAUGAUUCGUCCAAAUAAAGGCAAAAAAAUCAAUGCAUCAUCUUAGGAUUUAUAGUUUAGAUUUAAAUAAUUAGGACCUAGGGUUCACUCAUUAAGGAUUAGGGUAUAGUAUCAUGCCCAAAAAUCCUGCUUAUUCGAGGUCUAAAUAGUGUUUUCAUACUCAAGGUAUGCGAUACCCUCGGAUUUCACCCGGGGUACCGUAGAAGGCACCAUAUAUAUAUAUAUAUAUAUAUAUAUUGUUGCCCUGAAUUUGCCUUGUGCAAUUACGAGGUUUUGAUAUAGCAGCAGAUAGGAUGUUGUGUUAGUACCAUACUAACACUUAUUAUAAGGGCAUAUUAGCGGGGCCGGCCAAGAGGGUGUGCCGGUCCGCUCUCCGACACAAGGCCUCCGAAUAUUAGGGGCUUCCACUUAGAUCCGUUAGUUAUUAAUCGUAUAUUUAAAUUUGUAUUUUUAUGUAUGAUUGAUUGAUUAUGAGUAUGAUGACGAGUUUAAUUAAUAAUUUUAGCUAUAAUAACAAUUAAAAAUGAUCUCAUAGAUAAUACGAAAAAUCAUAGAGACAAUAAAUAAUUUUAUUUUAAACAAUAUAGAAAGAUAUUACAUUUUGAAUAAUGGUAUUAUAAUCAUUUUAUUUUUAUUAUAGUUAAAAGUCAAUUUGGACCACGUCUCGAUUUGGGAACAUGGCCUCCACGAUUCAUUAAACAGCCUCGCACUCAUCUCUCGAUCAAUUUUGACUAUUUUCAUUUCUCCAUUCAAUUUUUGCGCUAUAUCUGUUUUCUAGUCCCUCCAUAUUUACUUUCCUCCCUACUAGAGUUGGAAAUUUGGUCUUGGUUUCUUGAUAAAACUAGAACCGGGAU